AUGCUUCGGAGGGUCAACACAGCGCUGCGUGUGCCGCGCCUUGCGCGCGCCGCGUCCUCGUCUCCGUCAUCCAAGAUCUGCGCCGUCCCAUUCCGCCUUCAACCCAACGCGGCCAAGGAGGCCAUGCUCCCCAUGUCGCUCAUGCUGUCCGGCAAGCCAGGAAACUUGAUGUUUGGGCUUGCGUUGCGAUUUUUUGGCACGGGACUGGAACCAAUGGGCCGCGAACUCGGUCUCGGAACCACAGUUGAGCUCCAGAGCAUCGCGGCUGCGUACUGGCCCGUUUGGAGGUGGGAUAUGAUGUCCGAGGGACCGUGGUCGCCCGCCCAUGGAGGAGAGGAGAGCCCCGCUUGGCUGACAGUACGGGAGGCGUAUAUUCCCGGCAAUCCAUAUGCUCCUCUGAGUUACCUCUCCUUCUCAAUCCCACCUCUUGAAGAUGAUCUUCCAGUUUAUGAUGCUGGAAAGGACCUGAACCAACUGCGCGAUAUGGAUAUCGUGCCAGUCGACUUUACUGUUAAUCCAUUUGCAACGAUUGAUAAACUCAAGGACGUUAUCAAGCGCCAGCGUAACAUGGGUGGCAUGAAGGUCGAUCCGGAUAAGUGGAAGGAAUCACUUCUCGCGGCUUAUCCCAUCUACUUCCCCAUCUAUAUUGCCGAGUAUGUGAUCACGGGGGGAGAUAACAAGCGGUCUUUCCAGCUCAUCAUGGACGCGCAUUCCGAAGACACGGGCAAGUGUCGUGUCUCGGUGCCCAACCCGCCAGAGGUGUGGCUCAAGGGCGCUCCCCCAAAGAACUACUUUGUCAACCCGGCACCGUUGAUGCCGACCAUGACACUCAUUCUCGGCUCGGCCCCAGCACAGCCGUUCCAGCAAUCGCCGGCCGAAGUCGCGCGGAUAAACUACGACCAGUGGCUCUCUCCCAAGCCAGAGAGUAAGGACGACAUUCGCUCGUCGCCCACUCUCAGUGUGUCAAGGAAUGCCAAGAUCGACUGGACAGACCCCCGGAUCCAGGCUUGGAACGGUGUCGAGCGCGAGGAGAACGGCGAGUACAUCGAGGAGGCGUUUGAGGUGCAGACCAACUUUGCCGCCAUUAGCAAUAUGGCGCACGCGAGCGAGCAGAUUGGCGAUGCCACCGACCUAAAGGAUAUUGACUUCCGGCUGACGUCGUGGGAGAACGGCAAGACUACAACGUCGAGCGGGAACAUGUCGGACAUGAAGGCGUCGUUGGAGGAGAGCCUUGCCAAGUCGACUGCUGAGCUGGCCAAGAUCAAGCCGCAGUGGUUGCAGGAGCUCGAGAAGGGCAAGACUGACAAGGCAGAGUCAGAAGCGGACCAGAAGGACAACUAG